GGAUGCGCGCGCGCCCGAGACCCGCGUAGACGUCAAGGCGAACAUGGCGGAGAGACACCCAGAAAGCUGUCAAUAGAACACGCAGAGGAGCCACACGGAGUACCGCUGCCUCGGGAAGACGUUUUUCAUCGACGUUCGGUUCUUUUUUCAUUUUUCACCAUUUCGACCAAAAAUCCGGAAAAAGGGGCGGCGGAGCUGAACUGACAGCAAGUGCGCGAACAUUUGAACAGAAUGUUAGCUAGCAUCUCCAUUUAGCCGAAAUUCACCCGGCCAAUAAUAUUUUAAAUAUAUAUUUUUAAUUUUUAAUUAACGACAGCAGCAGCCAUGCUCCGGUGAGUCGUUGCUCCGAAUUAACGAGUUCAAACCCAGCUAGCACGCUAACGACAUGUCGGACAACCAGAGCUGGAACUCUUCCGGCUCCGAGGAGGACUUGGAGCCCAAAGACGAGCCCGCACACCCGGCCGUCAGCGGGGUGUUCAACGGGGUCCUCAGCAAGUGGACCAAUUACAUCCACGGCUGGCAGGACCGCUGGGUGGUUCUGAAGAACAACACACUCAGCUACUACAAGUCCCAGGAUGAGACGGAGUACGGCUGCCGCGGCUCGCUGUGCCUCAGCAAAGCGGUUAUUACCGCCCACGAGUUUGACGAGUGCCGACUGGACAUCAGCGUCAACGACAGCGUCUGGUACCUGAGAGCGCUGGACCCCGAGCGCCGGCACCUAUGGAUCGACUCCAUCGAGAUACACAGGAGUGUCAGAGAGGGGAGGAGAAACAAGGGAGGAGUCCAGGCUGUGACUUUCAUCCCUCCACCACUGGUGUGUAGAAAUGCGGACCCCGGCUACGGUUCCGAGUCCAGUCUGCGACGGCAUGGCUCCAUGCUGUCCCUCACGUCAGCCACCAGCGGUUACUCCGCCACCUCCACCUCCUCCUUCAAGAAGGGCCACAGUCUGAGGGAGAAGCUGGCGGAGAUGGACACCUUCAGGGACAUCCUGUGCCGACAGGUGGACACGCUGCAGAGGUACUUUGACGGCUGCGCAGACGGCGUCUCCAAGGACGAGCUGCAGCGGGACAAAAUUGUGGAGGACGACGAGGACGACUUUCCCAGCACCCGCACCGAUGGAGAGUUUCUUCACAACAACAACGGCAGCAAAGACAAAUUGUUCCCGUGCUCCGGUCCUAAAGAUGUGAACGCCAUCGACUUCAAAGGCGAGGCCAUCACGUUCAAAGCCACCACGGCGGGCAUCCUGGCCACGCUGUCCCACUGCAUGGACCUGAUGGUGAAGAGGGAGGACAGCUGGCAGAAGAGGCUGGACAAGGAGAUGGAGAAGAGGAGGAGAGUGGAGGAGAGCUACAAGGCGGCCCUCAACGAGCUGAAGAAGAAGUCCCACUUCGGGGGUCCGGAUUACGAGGAAGGCCCCAACAGCCUCAUUAACGAGGAGGAGUUCUUUGACGCGGUGGAAGCUGCUCUGGAUCGACAGGAUAAAAUAGAACAGUGUCAGACGGAGAAGACAAGAAUCCAGAGAUCCAGUCCAGUUCCACCACCUGAUGUCUUCUCCAGUUCAGGCUCUCACAGACUGGCUGAGCAGGUGGAGGAGAUGGUGCAAAGUCACAUGACCUACUCCCUGCAGGACGUCGGCGGCGACGCCAACUGGCAGCUGGUGGUGGAGGAAGGGGAGAUGAAGGUGUACCGCAGAGAGGUGGAGGAAAACGGGAUAGUUUUGGACCCACUGAAGGCCACCCACUCAGUGAAGGGUGUGACGGGCCACGAGGUGUGUCACUACUUCUGGGACACGGCCUACCGCAACGACUGGGAGACCACCAUCGAGAGCUUCAACAUCGUGGAGACGCUGUCAGACAACGCCGUCAUCGUCCACCAAACACACAAGAGGGUGUGGCCCGCCUCCCAGCGGGACGUCCUUUACCUGUCGGCCAUGCGCAAGAUCAUGGCGAGCGACGAGAGCGACCCCGACACCUGGCUGGUGUGCAACUUCUCCGUGGACCACGACAACGCGCAGCCAAGCAGCCGCUGCGUCCGCGCCAAGAUCAACAUCGCCAUGAUCUGCCAGACCCUGGUCAGUCCACCAGAGGGCGACAAGGAGAUCAGCAGAGACAACGUCCUGUGCAAAAUCACCUACGUGGCCAAUGUGAAUCCCGGAGGCUGGGCGCCCGCCUCGGUGCUGAGGGCGGUGGCCAAGAGGGAGUACCCCAAGUUCCUGAAGCGCUUCACCUCCUAUGUGCAGGAGAAAACCGCCGGCAAGCCCAUCUUGUUCUAACGGCGCCCCCUGGUGGCUGCAUAGCUAAACCACACUCCAUGUUAACGAAGGAGUCGACUGUUAAAGACUUGAAGUGUCCAAGGUGCUGAUGUUGCCAGACUGUCCUGCUAAUGAAGGCGCCUCGUUAGCGCAGAAGGCGGGACAUCUUCACACUUUGACAAGGAACAUUUCAGCUCCACGUUGAAUCUGUAAGCUAGAGAGUUGUUUUCUUCUUGUUGCUGCGAGCUCCGACUGCCUUAGGAAUAGUUUUGAGGUUGCAGGUUCAUCGCUACUAGUCAAGUGCCUUCAUUUCAUCCAUGACGACUUUUACAAGCAGGAAGUUCCGGCACUUUUGACUCUCCUCUCGUCCUUCAUUUCAAUGUUCAACCAAUUUGUUUGAAUUUUACAUUUCAGCCAAGUUGCUAAAUGACGUGAAUUCCAAGCCGUGUCCGAGCUUUUUCCACUGAAAAAUGCAAGCAUGCGGCGAACAUUUUGAUAUUUUUCAUUUUCAAAACCAAACCAAUAUAUAUUUGUAACCCUUCCUUCCAUUUUGGUGAAUGUUGAAGGUCUCAAGGACCCAAAAGGGUCUCUAAUUAAAGUGUUCAAAAUAAGUCAUAACAUUUUUUUUUCUUUCAAAUAUGCAAAAAAAAAUGUUCAAAGUGGAAUACUCAAUGUAUAAAUAGGUCAAUAGUUAAUAUCAUGGUUCAUUAUUUUUUGAGCAAUGACUGUUAAAAAAUAAAUCCAUAAAUAAAAAUCAGACUAAAGGUCACAGGGACCAAAAAGGGUCUGAGUCUUUAAUUAAAGUGUUAAAAAUAAGUCAAACUUUUUUUUUUCUUUCAAGUAUGCAAAAACAUUUCCCCCAAAAAAUGUUCAAAGUGGAAUAUUCAAUGUAUAAAUAAGUCUAAUUAAUAUCACGGAUCUUGAUUCAUUAUGUUUUGAGCAAUGAUUGUUUAUAAAUAAAUCCAUAAAUAAAAAUCCGACCAAAGGUCACAGGGACCAAAAAGGGUCUCAGUCUCUAAUUAAAGUGUUGAAAAUAAGUCAUAUUUUUCUUUCAAAUAUGCAAAAAUGUUCCCCCACAAAAAUGAUUAUAUUUGAUGUAUAAAUAAGUCAAUAAUUCAUGUUACGGAUUGUGGUUCAUUACUUUUUGAGCAAUAAUUGUUAAAAAAAACAUUAAAAAGCAGACUAAAAGUCCCAGGGGGAUCUCAGUCAUUUAAGUGUUAACAUUUGUUUCACUUUCAACACUUAAAUGUCAAUAGAUCAACUGCAAAUCUACAUUUUUUUUUUUACAUUUUAUGCCAUUUUGUCAAAACCCUUGAGGUGAAACAGGAAAAAACUAAAUGUUCAAAGUAAAGUAAUUGGAGCCUUAAAUAGGGUUAGGGUUAGGGUUAUUUUUUGAUUCAUUAUUAUUUUUUGAGCAAUGAUUGUUUAAAAAAUAAAUACAUAAAUAAAAAUCAGACUAAAGGUCACAGGGGAUCUCAGUUAUUUGUUCAAGUGUUAAAAAUAAGUCAUAACUUUUUUUUUUUAAACUUUCAAAUAUGCAAAAAUGUUCCCCACAAAAAAUGUUCAAAGUGGAAUAUUUGAUGUAUAAAUAAGUCAAUAGUUUAUUAUUUUUUGGAGCAAUGACCGUUAAAAAAACAUUAAAAAUCAGACUAAAAGUCCCAGGAGGAUCUCUGUCAUUUAAGUGUUAAAAAUAAGUAAGAACUUUUCCUUUUUUUUAACUUUCAAAUAUGCAAAAAUGUUCCCCUACAAAAAAUGUUCAAAGUGGAAUAUUUGAUGUAUAAAUAAGUCAAUAGUUUAUUAUUUUUUGGAGCAAUGACUGUUAAAAAACAUAAAAAAUCAGACUAAAAGUCCCAGGAGGAUCUCAGUCAUUUAAGUGUUAAAAAUAAGUCAUAACUUUUUUUUUUUUUAACUUUUAAAUAUGCAAAAAUGUUCCCCACAAAAAAUGUUCAAAGUGGAAUAUUUGAUGUAUAAAUAAGUCAAUAGUUUAUUAUUUUUUGGAGCAAUGACCGUUAAAAAACAUUAAAAAUCAGACUAAAACUCUCAGGGGGAUCUCUGUCAUU